UCGCAAUUUGCAUUCUCCAGUUCUCCGUAUUCGCAACACAAUUAAUUCUUGUUCAGUUCUUCUUCCAGAUCCCAGCUAAUACCCCCAUUGUCGAUGAAUGCCAUUGCCUUCUUCCCUGGCUGCCCCAGGUAGCUCCCGUCGUACUUUCCUUUCGACGCAGCGAAUACCCUUGAUCCGUUUCUUCUUCACCAACCCAUACUUUCUCCUAAUACAUCAAUCACCCACGAAGACUUACACACCAUGUCUACAUCUCCCCCAUCCCCGCUGCCUGACCACCGGCAACUCAAGUACCCGGCCUAUACUGGGAUCGUCAGUCUCCGAUCGAAUCCUCCUUGAUCGCACACUUAGUCAAUAUCGACCAAGCAAAACCUCAAUCCGUUUUCAUUCAGAUAGCGCAAGUGAGCCUUCUGCAAUCUCCUCUCAUGUUUCAAGAUCCCCAUUUCGCAAAUGGUUGGAACACCCACCGCAAAAGGUGAUCUCUCGUCGACGAUUCAAACGAGAAAGGAAAAGUCGACCAGAGUUGGUAGUUGAAUCUAUUCGGUUCAAUGUCCAGAAUGGUGGUGAACCCAGGAUAUCUUAUGAGAAUUUGCGCAACAGCGAGGGCAUCCUUGGCCAGCUCAGCCGAGAUGAAGGUGAACUCCAUGGGUUGGUAGGAGAAGAUUGGGCUGGGAAUGAUUUAGAGGAGACUGGAAAGAGGAUACAACCACUUCCGGCACCAUUGGACAUUGACUGGACUAGGGAAUCCGUGUCUCUAUACUCCGUUCUAGGGCGAUACCUAAAGGCAGCAGCACCCGAUAGUCCACAGCAUCAGUUUGGAUUACAAGAAUUGGACUUGCUUGCCUCGCAUGGGUUCACCGAACAUGAUGUCAAGUUAUGGGCGGCAAGCGUCACCGAGCAUAAUCCUCGUAUAGCUACAGCGACCCUGCACGAGAGCCAAUCGCUACCACCCUAUUUUCUCCUCCUGAUUCUUCUUCGCCGUAAACAUAUUUCAGCGGUCGCCUUAGGCUCAUUAAUGCGACUCCUAGCAGGCAAACUGCAGAUGGAUCCUAUUGAAUGGUCGCCCCUCAAGGCUUUCCUUGUGCGUCUGAUCCGCCAUGCGCGACGUGUUUGGCCUGAGACCCUGCCUUGGAUCGCAUCUACUUUCAGGACAGAGGCCACCCGAAUUCAAGGAGAAAUGGACAGCAAAGAAAACACACGAGACAAGUUCACCACUGAACUUACGCAAUUCUGUAACACUCUGAUUUCACUCAUUUCAGUACCGUUGAGCAUACAUCCGAUCGCGCUGUCGAAGUAUCAAGAAGUCGCCCAAUUCGAAAUCCUAGCAUUUAUGGCACAGACUGUACCGACAGUCACCGUCACUCGCUCUGGUUUUCGCGGUGUUGUCAGAGUUCAGCUUGCACGACCGAAGACUGCCGAGGAGCGUGAAUGGGCAAUGCUCAAAAGGCCGGCUUGGCCUCCAUGGAAGCAUGACCGGACGGCAAUGGACGAAGACAAAGGUUUCGAGUUCGGUGCAUCACGCGCAAUGCAGAUAAUGUUUCGCAUGUUCGAAGCAGGCUACACAACCGAUGCUUGGACGGAUCUUGCACAGAUCUUUGCAGGAUGGGACACUGACCUAAGUCCGACCAUACAAACGCGAACUCUACUGCCUCACACCUCAAAAUCCCUGAAUGCCGCCCAUACUCUCAAAUCAUCAUUGUGGGGUGCCCGAAUUAGGACGACCAGGACAUUAAGAGAGGCAUGGGCGGCGUUUCUUGCGUUCGAGGCAUCCGAGUCUCCCGCAAAUCCCGAAGUCUACCAUGCGAUGUUUGAAAAGCUGUACGCAGCCGAUCAUCCAGAGUCUUCUGAGGAUUCUCUAUCCAGUCAACACCUCCUUCCCGGUGAUAUGAAAGAGGUGCUACCAGAUCCUCAUUCUCCUCUUGGUCUUAUACAUAUUGCUGAACCUAUCCCGUCUUUCGAGCAGCUCUAUCGUCGUAUGUGCAAACAUGGGGUCAUUCCUCGAGGACGGUUUCUUGCAUUCUUAAUCCAGUCGCCAUUACAAUUCGAGACGAUCCAAGAACUUUUGGAUUCUUCUACGGCAGCAUUCGAGGGUGGAUUGGAGACUUUGGUAAACGGUUCGGUGCUCUAUAAGAGAUCUUCCAAGUUCCAUGACCUCCCUGGCUAUCUGAUCCAUGCCUUCAUCAGAUUUUUAUGCCGAUUUGGUGUGCGUCGUGACGUUCCCAGCCUUGCUCCCAUCUCCCCCUCUAUGGCGGAACACAAAGUCAGAUUCAGCACUGAUAGAGAGUAUCUUCUCGACUACGCACAUGCUCUGUUAAUUCGCCGACGACCCCUUUACAGGCCAGCAUGGACCGCUUAUAUGCACCAUCUGAUCUACGACCGAUGGAAAUUGCCCAUCAAAUUGGCCGGGAGCACGCGGGAGAGAAGAGAGAUUCGGAUUCUCUCACAAUAUCAUACGAUGAGCGACCUUCUCACGAAGAUGCACAGCACCGGUGUUGAAGUUGAUGAGGAGCAGGUGCGCUUUUUCGGCAUAGUGUUGCGUGCUGCAGGGGAUAUAGCUUCCCAGGGCGCCUACAACCCGAAGUUAGUGCAUGAUAUUACGCAGAAAGGUUCACGUCAGCUCCGAAAGCUAUUCCAUAAUCUCAUCGCUGGAGGCCUUGCUCUCGAGACUCACGCGCCGCAUGUAUUGCCAAUUGAACCUACUCCGCCUUUGGUGCCUCGUGCGGCACUGCUACAUGUCUACGUUCGCGCUCUCGGCGCCGUCCGCGACUACGAAGGCUUGUACUCCUUCUCCACGUGGGCGGUGAGCCAUGCCGCACAAAUCAGCGCUGCCAUGGAAGCACAUGUCUCUCCAUCCAACUCCCUUGAGAGACUAUGGCGCAGAACGCUCGUGGCAUUGAGGUGUGCACUCGAGGGCAGGCUGUCGGGAGGGCAGCAUAACGCUCCCGCUUCGACCGAGCUGAUAGUAUUGACAAAGGCACAGAUUGACAGCAUCGAGGAUUGGGGUGGCUGGCCUUCAGACGAAGAAGUCGAGGAGUAUGUACAAGUUCACCAGGGAGAGUGGAAGCGCUGGGGUUAUGGCCAAUGAAGGACAUAUCCUGAUUAGGGCCAGCAGUGACAUGAAGAUGUUGUACUAUAGAUAUCAUAAUAAUACUCAUUGCAUG